AAUGUGACAAUUUAGCUAAUACAAUGUAACCAUCUCAAGUGUCCAAGUCAACUGACUGCAAAACCGCAGACCAAGUUGUUUACCAGCACUCGUUUCAACUGCUCACCACAAAUGCAACACGAACGGAUAUCAAAUGGGAGAAAACAGAUUGUCAACAAAACGGAACCGCUGAGGGGACAGGGCCAGAGAACAGUCGUAUGAGGCUAAUGCAGGAAGUAACUGCAGCCCUCAGGAAUCACAGAAUACUGUUCCACCUCUUCUCUCCUUCUCUGGGAGCAUGCCAUCUGAACCUUGUGUCAGUGGGCAGGAGCUGGUAACAGACCAGAGGCUAUGCCAGUCCAAGUCUCACCAGGACUCCGUCCUCUCCGCCCUCAACCAGCAGAGGAAGGAUGGCCUACUCUGUGAUGUCACCCUGGUCGCCGGCGACCAGAAGUUCCACGCCCAUAAAGCAGUGCUGGCGGCGUGCAGCGAUUACUUCCGGGCCAUGUUCAGUCUGUGCAUGGUGGAGAGUGAGGCAGAUGAGGUGACUCUUCAGGGAGUGACCAGUGUGGGACUGAAACAUGCACUAGACUUCGCCUACACAGGACAGAUAAUGCUGGAGCCAGGGGUGAUUCAGGAUGUUCUGUCGGCAGGAAGUCACCUUCAGCUGCUGGAGCUGCUCAGUCUUUGCUCACACUACCUCGUCCAGGAGCUGAACAGUGUUAACUACCUGGACCUGUACCGUGUGGCCGAUCUGUUCCACCUCCCUGCUCUGGAGGAGGCUGUGGUCAGCUUCCUGGUAGAACACCUGUGUGAGCUGCAGCAGAGCCGCCAGGAGGAGGUGCUGCUGCUCCCCUACCGCCUCCUCAGGGAGGUGCUGAAGAGCGACCGCCUCACCUCCCUCAACGAGGAGGAGAUCUGGCAGCUGGUGGUGUGCUGGUUAGAGCAUGACUGUCGGUACCAGUACACCGAGGACCUGAUACAGCACGUUCGUUACGGCCUUAUGGACGUGGCCGCCCUGCACCACGUGGCACAGUGCCACCCGCUGGUCCAGUCCAGUGCCACCGCCGCCGCCCUAGUGGACGAGGCUCUAGAGUACCACCGUGCCACCUACGCCCAACCCCUCCGCCAGACCGCCCACACCAAGCCCCGCUUCCAGUCUCUCACCCUCUACAUAGCCGGCGGGCGCAAGCGCGAGGUGAGCCGCGUACGGGAGCUGCGCUACUUCAACCCGGCCGCCCAGGAGACCGUGCGCGUGGCCGGGUGCUCCAAUUGGAGCGAGCUGGCGCCCAUGCCCGCCGGGCGCAGCCACCACUGCGUUGCCGUCAUGGGUCACUUCCUGUUUGUGGCAGGCGGCGAGGUGGAGCAUUCCACUGGGAGAACGUGUGCGGUGAGGACCGCUUGUCGGUACGACCCCCGGGGGAACCGCUGGACGGAGAUAGCCUCCAUGAAGGCGUGCAGGGAACACUUUGUCCUGGGGGCUCUGGGCCAGUACCUGUAUGCGGUGGGGGGGAGGAACGAGCUGAGACAGGUGCUGCCCACCGUGGAACGCUACUGUCCGAAGAGGAACAAGUGGACCUUCGUCCAGUCCUUUGACCGCUCGCUGUCCUGCCACGCCGGCUGUGUGGCUGACGACCUGCUCUGGGUCUCAGGUGGAGUCACAAACACAGCUCAGUACCAGAAUAGACUGAUGGUGUACGACCCAGAACAGAACCAGUGGCUGGCCCGCAGUCCCAUGCUACAGAGGCGAGUGUACCAUGUCAUGGCCGUGGCGAGAAGGCAGCUGUAUGUGCUGGGAGGAAAUGACCUGGACUACAACAACGACCGCAUCCUGGUCCGCCACAUCGACUCCUACGACAUAGACAUGGACCAGUGGACCCGCUGCACCUUCAGCCUACUCACGGGUCAGAAUGAAUCUGGAGUGGCAGUCCAUGAUGACCGAAUCUAUGUUGUCGGUGGAUAUUCUAUCUGGACCAAUGAGCCCCUAGCGUGUAUUCAGGUGUUGGAUGUGAGCACAGAGGGGAAGGAGGAAGUGUUCUAUGGACCAACUCUACCAUUCGCCUCCAAUGGAAUAGCAACGUGUUUCCUUCCUGCCCCAUACUUCACCUGCCCCAACCUCCAGACUCUACAAGUGCCCCAUCACAGGAUAGGGCCUGUCUAACACACUAAUAUAGACUACAGUAAAUGUCUACAUAGAUACAUCAUGCAGCUCUUCUGGACAUACAACUAUGUAACACAAAAUAACUAAUUUACAACAACACCACUCCCCCCUCUCUUCCUCUAAAUGCAUUCUAAAUGCAUUCACACACUAUUGCCACCCAGAAAAGAUUACCCACGUCUUCCCCAGUUUCAGGAUCCCAACCUAACCACUCCCAAGUGCAGGUGUCACUGCCCAUCCUACCCAUAAACUGAACAAAAACGUGGCCCUGUAUGAAAGGAGGGUCCUCAAGGACAUUGAGGAGGUUCCCUAUUCAGCUACCCUGUGAUGAUGGACUGAUCUUCCAUCAGCUGCAGGGUUUGGGUCAAUUCCAUUUCAAUUCAGUCAAUUCAGGAAGUAAAACAGAAAUUCUGAUGACAAUUUUGCUCAUUGAAAAACAUUGAGAAUAA